AUGGGUGCUUCAGCUAUUCAAAACUGCACAGCAACAAUAAGGAUGUUAGCCUAUGGUUGUGUAACUGAUCAAGUUGACGAGUAUCUUAAACUUGGUGCAACAACAUCUAGAGAAUGUCUUACACAAUUUGUUGAUGGAGUGAUUACUCAUUUUUCCACUGACUACCUUCGUAAACCAACACCCGAAGAUGUCCAACGUCUUUUGAGAGAAGGGGAGGAAAUAGGUUUUCCUAGCAUGUUGGGGAGUAUUGAUUGCAUGCAUUGGGUGUGGAAAAAUUGUCCAGCGGGGUGGAAAGGUAUGUACCAAGGUAGAUCUAAAACAGUAAUUGUGAUCUUAGAAGUUAUUGCUUCAAGGGAGUUUUGGAUUUGGCAUGCUUUCUUCGGGACACCUGGGUUGUGCAACGACAUAAACGUACUUCAACGUUCCCCAGUUUUUUAUGAUAUUAUGAACAAUCGAGCUCCACAAGUCAUGUUCACUGUGAAUGGAAUUACUUACAAUAAAGGGUAUUAUCUCACCGAUGAAAUUUAUUUAAAACGGUCCACGUUUGUGGAUGCCAUUACUGCCCCACAAACCGCUGAGCAAAGGUUGUUUACUGAACGCCAAGAUAGUGCUAUAGAAAAGAUGUUGAGCGUGCCUUUGGUGUGCUACAAGCUCGAUUUGCAAUAA